AUGCUUGUGGGCGCAGGGCGAGAGGCGGCGCGGAGCGGGGUUGCGAGGCCGAUCCGAGUCGCUGCGGGUCCCUACGCACUGGCCGCCUCCCCGCUGCGCCCCGCGCCCCGCCAGGCUGCCCCCGCCGCGCUGCCCCGGGAGCGGGAGGCUCCACGGCCGAGGAGCAGGAUGCUGGUCCCGGGGCGCCGCUGGGAGCCCCUCGCUCCGCCGCUGCUGCUGCUGCUGCUGUCGGGGAUGCUCCGGCCGCCGGGGCUGGCGGCGUUCAACGUGGACCAGGAGAAGGUGACCGUGUACAGCGGGCCCGAGAGCAGCUACUUCGGCUACGCGGUGGAUUUCCACCACUACACCGGCGCAGUAAGUGUCCUGGUCGGUGCUCCCAAAGCCAAUACUACACAGCCGGAUAUACAGGAAGGGGGAGCGGUGUAUUACUGUCCUUGGCCAGCCGCCGAGUGCAAACAGAUCCCCUUUGAUACUACUAACAACAGAAAAAUCAAAGUCAACAGCACCAGGGAACCUAUUGAGUUUAAGUCAAAUCAGUGGUUUGGGGCAACAGUCAAGGCUCAUAAAGGAAAAGUUGUGGCUUGUGCUCCCUUAUAUCAUUGGAGGACCCUUAAAGCCAUCCCUGAAAAGGAUCCAGUUGGGACCUGCUAUGUUGCAAUUCAGAACUUCAGUGCGUAUGCCGAGUAUUCUCCUUGUCGCAACAGCAAUGCAGAUCCUGAAGGACAAGGUUUCUGUCAAGCAGGCUUCAGCUUAGAUUUUUACAAGAAUGGGGACCUUAUAGUAGGAGGACCUGGGAGUUUUUACUGGCAAGGGCAAGUAAUCACCACCAGUAUUGCAGAUAUCAUUACGGACUAUUCAUUCAAGGAUAUUCUAAGGAAACUGACAAGAGAAAAGCAAACUGGAGUGGCACCACCUAUAUAUGAUGACAAUUACCUGGGAUACUCAGUGGCUGCUGGGGAAUUUACUGGAGACCUUGAACAAGAGUUGGUUGCUGGAGUGCCAAGAGGAGCACAGAACUUUGGCUAUGUUUCAAUUAUUAAUUCUACAGACUUGACCUUUAUUCAGAAUUUCACUGGUGAACAGAUGGCAUCUUACUUUGGAUACACCAUCGCCGUAUCGGAUGUUAACAGUGAUGGUUUAGAUGACAUCCUAGUUGGUGCCCCCCUCUUCAUGGAGCGUGAAUUUGAGAGUCAACCUAAGGAAAUAGGACAAGUUUACCUGUACUUGCAGGAAAGUGCUUUCUACUUCCGAGACGCACAGAUACUGUCGGGCACUGAAGUGUUUGGUAGAUUCGGCAGUGCCAUCGCACAUCUUGGAGAUCUCAACCAGGAUGGCUAUAAUGACAUUGCAAUCGGUGCACCAUUUGCAGGAGAAGACGGAAGAGGCAAAGUGCUCAUUUACAAUGGACACAGGAAUGGGUUAAAUGCUAACCCUUCACAGGUUCUUAAUGGAGCCUGGGCCUCACAGUCCAUGCCUGCGGGAUUUGGCUUUACUCUAAGAGGAGACUCAGACAUAGACAAAAAUGAUUACCCAGAUUUAAUAGUAGGUGCAUUUGGAGCUGGGAAAGUAGCUGUUUACAGAGCAAGACCUGUUGUGACAGUGGAUGCUCAGCUCAUGCUGCACCCAAUGAUUGUAAAUCCAGACAAUAAAACUUGUCACAUUCCUGGGUCUAUGAUUAUGGUGGCCUGUUUUACUGUAAGAGUCUGUGUGGCUUUUGAAGGUCAAAGUAUUUCAGAUAAGAUAGCACUGCAAGCUGAACUGCAAUUAGAUUCAUUGAAACAGAAAGGAGCUGUUAAAAGGACCCUCUUCUUUGAUUACCAUCAGUCACAUCAUUUCUUCCUCAUUGUGACAGAAAGACAGAAACAGCUCCAUUGUCGGGCCUUUGUUGUUUAUCUCCGAGAUGAAACAGAAUUUCGAGAUAAAUUAUCUCCAAUCAGUGUUAGUUUGAACUACAGCUUGGAUGAAUCCACUUUUGAAGAUGACCUAGCUGUGAAACCAAUACUGAACUAUUAUCAGGAAAGCACUGUUAGGGAGCAGGCUUACAUUCUGGUGGAUUGUGGAGAGGACAACAUGUGCAUUCCUGAUUUGAAACUUUCAGCUACAUCAGAUAAAGAUCAACUAAUCAUUGGAGAAGAAAAUUGUGUCAUGCUUAUAAUAAACCCACAGAAUGAUGGGGAAGGAGCCUAUGAAGCUGAGCUUCAUAUAAAGAUCCCACCUGAAGCAGAUUACACAGGUGUUGAACGAAACCACAAGGCAUUACGUGUAUUGAGCUGUGAUUACAAGAUGGAAAAUGAAACUAGAAUGGUCGUUUGUGACCUUGGAAAUCCCAUGGUGGCUGGAACAAAUUUCUCCACUGGCAUCCGAUUUUCCGUUCAGCAUUUUGAAAAUGCCGAUUUCAGCAUCAAAUUUGAACUGCAAGUAAAAAGUUCUAAUAAGGUUAAUCCCACCAGCAACUUGGUUAACCUUCAAAUCAACAUCAGUGCUGUGGCUCAAGUGCAGAUCAUAGGUGUGUCUCGUCCUCCACAAAUUGUUUUGCCACUUCACAACUGGGAGCCUAAAGAUGAGCCCACCAAAGAAGAGGAUGUCGGCCCUUUAGUAGAACACAUAUAUGAGCUGUAUAAUACUGGACCAAGUGCCAUCAAUGAAACAUUACUCCAUGUUGGAUGGCCUGCAUCCAGUCUAGAGGAGUCUCUUCUUUACAUUCUUCAUAUUCAGACACAUGGACCAUUGCAAUGUCAAACAAGCUCUGCUAUCAAUAUAUUCCAAAUAGAGUUUGCUAUUCCACAGGACACCCCGGAACUUACUGCUUUUUUGCGUAACUCCACUAUUCCUCACUAUGUCGGGCGGAGGGAUGUCACCGUGGUAGAACCACAAAGGAAGAGCUACGCAAAAAUACUGAACUGUACAAACGUGAAGUGUUUAAUAAUCUCAUGUACAGUGGGACAGCUAGAAAGAGGAAAGAGUGCAGCACUAAAAAUCAGAUCUCGGUUAUGGGCCCAAACUUUCCUACAGAGAAAUAAUUACCAGUAUACCCUUUCCUCCAAUGUGUCCUUUGAAGUUAAGAAGAUGCCAUAUAAAGUGCAGCCGGCAAAAUACCCUGAGGGAAGCAUAGCAAUAAGAACGUCUAUCAUUUGGGCUACUCCAAAUGUCUCCUUUGUAAUCCCUUUGUGGGUUAUAAUACUAGCAAUACUCCUUGGAUUGUUGGUUCUGGCUAUUUUGACCUUAGCUUUGUGGAAGUGCGGCUUCUUUGACAGAGCUAGACCUCCUCAAGAUGACAUGGCUGACAGGGAACAACUGACAAAUAGCAAGACUACUGAUGCAUAGAAGAGGAGAGUGAAGGUUCAAUUCAGAGUCCCGCUCAAGCCUAGAAGUGUGCUAAAGAUUAAAUGAAGGAUUUCUUCUACCAACAGUCUUCCUUUGAAAUUGCAAGUGCCAUGAUGUUGUAAUCUGAUCUAUGCAACGUUUCUGAAAAAAUCACCACAUGAUGAUGAUCCUGGGCAGAAAUCAGCCCUAUCACUGCCUUCAAAACAUAAUCUGUCACUGUGCAAAGAGUUUUUGUACCAUACUUCAGUCGCUCUAGAUUUUGACAGAUGUUUUUGAGCACGUGUGGUGUGUUAAAUCACUUUCAGAAUAACCCAAACCUUGCAAAGAUGAAAUGCGUGCAUUGCUGUAUCAUUUAGAAGAUGGAUCAGGACAAAGUUUUCAAACACUACUGUAUCAUGCAGAAUAUUUUUGACACCUCCCUAAGGAUAAGAACUUUUAUGAAAUUGUGGCUCAGGGAGACAAGCAAUAUAUUGGUACUGUGAAAGUACUUCUGAAGCAGAAAGGUAGUCUCUAAAGGACUUUAUACAUGGGGCACAAUUUAUUUAUUUUUCCACCUCUCUGGGAUGAGUAUCAGAUCUAAUCCUAGAUUCGGAGUUUUAGAGAAGUAAAUUAUAACAUGGAAAUCAUUUGCUUAUCUUGUAUGUAAGUAGACAAGUGGCCUGCACAUUCAGAUCAAUUUUCCUGGCUACAAGGGUGAUUUGGGUAGCAGGGGAAUUUAAAUUUAAUUGUAUUGGAAGGGGCAUAUUUUAAAGAUAUGUUAUACCAAUUUCAACCUGUAGAUGGCAGCACUAAAUUCAGUGGAUCAAAUCCAUUUUUGGUGUGAACUAGUGCAACAUCAACUAAAUCUGUGGGAAUUUUUUCCUACCUUUUUGCUAGAGCUGAAUUUCUCACCACUAUUUCUGUGUACUUUUUUCGUUAAAAUAUCCUCUUAAAAAUGCUACUGCGUAUUUUGUUGAAUUCAUGACUAUUGUGUCAUAGGUGACAACACUUGAUUGAUUUAAAGGAAUUAUAAAAUACAGACCUAAUAAUAUGUUUAAGGUAUUUCAGCAAGUUAAGUUUUUGGGUAGAGUAUCCUAUAGUUAUCUCUUAUUACAAAGAGUCUUGCAGAGAAGGUGCACUGAAUUUGCAUUUAUAUAAAAAGUAGGAUGCAAAUCAUCCAAGGCUGAGAUGACUCAUAGAAGGAAAGACAUUUUGUUGUAAAGGCAAUAAAAUGUGCAUUUUUUUCUUUGCUGCUUCUAAGAUCCAAAAGACUAGGUCCAUAAUUCACCAGUAACUCUUUUUCUAUAACAUCAGUGAAUGGCCUUUAUUUAAGCUGGAUUCAUCCAGCUAUAGAGCUGUGUAAACCAUCUGCAUAAAACCUUGGACCAUCCUGUGCUUGUCUUGAGUUUGAAAUUUGCUAUGUUUUGUGAAUCUAGGAGGAGGGCGUUCAUUUUCUGACACACACACUCUCCCCAUUCUCCUUCCUUCUUCUUAGCUGGUCUCCCUUCCCACCAAGCACCUGGGAUUCCUAUCUUCAGGGAGGCCAGUGACCUUUUCUGAUCCAUCCUACUACCUCCUGGGCUUUUAUGGAUUGCUGGCAUCUGUCUUCAGGGCAGGGGAAACCAGCAGGCAAGAUCACUACUGUCAAUCCCAAGAACCUUCCAAAGGACCUGGAAAUAGCUCAGUUGGACAUCCCACUAUCUCACGGCAGCCAGCUCAUGGACAGACCCAUAAACUUUGUGCUAGAAAACCUGAGCACUAAAGGUCCAUCUUAAUGCUUCACAUCAGUCUGCAAGGAAAUCCUUGUGGGUUUUCUAGAAUUACAGGACAUUAUCUGCCCCUGAGGCUUUAGGAGCAGUUCUUUAAGGAGAGUUCCCCCAACUUCUUGUUUUCUGAGGAAGUAAAGAAGGUUCCUUAUCACUUCCUGAACCCCAAAAAACCCUUAAGACGGGGGACAGCAGCCAUCCCUAUGGUGAUUUGUUCUGACCCCUUGCUGCAUUCAUUUCACAAAUACCCUUGCAAACCACACCUGCAGGGUUCAUACAUCUCUGCAUCCUCCACAUUUCAGAUCAAAUUAUGCACACGGGAAAAGAUAGUGAGUUCAUCUUUUGUAAAUAUUGAAUUGUGUGUAGUAGUUUCUGAAACAAGGCCAGCCAGCCAAAUAAUUCACAUCAUCUGCACGACUCUUUUACUCUGAUGAAAUAUUAUCAUUAAGAAAUACUGAACAUAUGACUUUUAUAUGUGCAAUAUUUUAUAUUACCUAUGUACCUGAAGCAUGUUUACACUGGCAUUUGUGGUUGUUUUUUAAACUUUUGAAUAUAUUGAUUGAGUACAAUAA